GCGUUUUGCUUUUGAGCUGCGAACACAUCUGCCUUCUCUCUCUGUGCGGUCUCUCUCUUCAGCAAUUGGGGAUUUUCUGAGGGACAUCGCAGAUCAAAUUAACGGAGUGACAAAAAUGGCCAUAUCUAAAGUUUCGUUUGCUGUCGCUGCUACAUUUGCUCUGGUUUUUGCUAUCGUCUUGCCUGCUGUUCACGGUCACUCUAUGCCUCCUGCUCCCGCCCCUGCCCCAGCCAGUGAUGGUACAACAAUUGAUCAGGGAAUAGCAUGCGUGCUGAUGCUACUUGCAUUGGUGCUCACAUACAUUAUCCACACCCUGGAUCUACCUUUCAAUUUCUGAGUUGACUCAGGAAAAUUACCAGUUUCAGCCUCUGGCCAGAAGGAUUGGAAAAGUCAUAAUGGAAUGAAUUCUAGUAGUGUUUUUUAGUAGGAAGUUUGUAGAUGGACAUGCAUGUAGCGGGUUGUAUCCAGUGUUCUGACUUAACAGAUUGUUCCAUUUGGUGCUGUUGGUGGUGCUAUAUUCAUCUUGGUUGAUAAUUUGAUUCACUCUUUUUUUUAUUCUUUCCAUUUUUUCUUCUUAAUUUCUCGUAAGAGUAUAACUAUUUUCCUUUAAAUGUUUUCCUCUGAGGAAUUUGGUGCUCUACUGGAUGAUUAAUGGAGUUGAUAAUGAGGUGAUUGCUUUAAACCUU